AACUGCUGGAGCGCUCACAGAACAAACAGAGUCUGCUGUGGGACUCUGCCGAGCACUUCUCCAGCUUUAAAGCAUCCGCCCUGGAUAUCUGAGACGGAAACCAUUGAUGAAAACUUGAAAAUGGACUACGAAGGGCUGCUGGUGCUGCUUCUGGUGCUCAACCUCAGUGGAGCAUUUUGUGCAGUGGUGCAAUGGACAGAAUUAGAUGAAGCAACGGCUUAUUUGAGGCAAUAUGGCUACCUGAAUGACCCUGCUGAUCCACAGGACCCUCAUUACCUGGAGGAGAUCAUUGACGCUCUUAGGGUUUUUCAGAGGGUGAAUGAUCUGCCAUCUACUGGAGAAUUAGAUGAAGCUACCUUGGAUGUGAUGAGACAGCCACGCUGUGGCAUGGAGGACCCCUUCAACAAGAAGUUUAACAAAUACAGAGUGAUGGGUCGCUGGAGAAAGAGGAGUCUGACCUACCGCAUCUACAACUACACACCUGACAUGAAGAAGACAGAAGUCAGGGCAGCCAUCCGCUCUGCCUUCGCCUACUGGAGUGAUGUGGCUGCUUUGACCUUCAGGGAGAUCGACUACGGCAGAGCGGACAUAAGGAUCUCCUUCCAUAAGAAAGAUGGUUAUUGCUCUGUCCCGUUUGAUGGCCGUGGUCAUGUACUGGCCCAUGCUGAGUCGCCAGAAUCUGGUAUUGUUCAUUUUGACGAGGAUGAGUUCUGGACGGAGGGAACAUAUUAUGGUACUAAUCUGCGUAUUGUGGCUGCCCAUGAAAUCGGCCAUGCCCUCGGCCUGGGUCACUCUCAAUUCAGGAGUGCUCUGAUGGCACCGGUCUACUCUGGUUACCGUGUCAACUUCAGGCUGCAUUCAGAUGAUGUGAUCGGCAUCCAGGCGUUAUACGGCAAACGCAUCACCGGCACUUUAGCCAGCCCAACAACCACAGACGGUCUAUUUGCCACAGAAAGCAGCCUUGAUACUGAGAGCAUUCCUGACCCCUGCACUGCCGCACUGGAUGCCAUCAUGUUGGGUCCUUGGAGGAAAACCUUUGCCUUCAGCGGUGAUUACGUGUGGACCAUCUCUGAUCUGGGACACAACACACCCAUAAAAAUCGACAGGCUGUGGAGGGAACUCCCUGGGAACCUGAAUGCUGCUGUGCACUCGCAGAGAACCAACAAGACUUACUUUCUCAAAGGAAAUAAAGUGUGGAGGUACACCAAGUUCCUGCUGGACUACGGCUACCCCAAACAGGUGAAACGGAUCCCUCCUAAUAUUGAUGCAGCCUUGUUCCUGGAGAAGAACAAGAAGAUGAUCUUUAUUAAGGGUUCAGAGCACUGGCAGUGGGAUGAACUGCGGUACAAUGACUUAAGCAUCUACCCCAAACCGCUCUCCAUGCUGUUCACUGGAGUGCCGUCCAGUCCGGAUGCCGCCUUCACCUGGACCAAUGGCAAGAUCUUCUUCUUCAAAGGAGACGAGUACUGGAGAGUGAAUGAGCUGCUGAGAGUCGAGAAAGGAUACCCACUGAGCAAAAAGGAGCGCUGGAUGCGAUGCUAGGUGUGCAACCAUCAGGGGGCAGUAUGCGCUAAGAGGUCUACAGCAGGGGUGCUGGUUCCACUCCAAGGGCAUUGACAACCACGCAACCUCAAUAGCAGUGAUCAAUUGUGAAAUAUCACCUAACAGGUAAAAAGAAUAGUGUGUGAAUUGACUUUAUUUCACUGGAUCUGAUAACAAUCGAGCUACUCGUUCCCUCCAAAGCAGGCUGAUUCUUGUGAGGCUUACUUCUUAAGCACAAAAUGUGUGUUUUUGUGACUGUGAGAAUUAUGUAAGCUGAGCUAUGAUCUCAGGGAGAAAUCAAGGGAGGCCUUCUGUUUUUCUCUCUAACAUAUGUGUUGGAUUAUGUCUUAAUGCUUUCAGUACGAUGUAAUAUGAUGAUGGGAGUGUGCACUUUUCUCUUCAGACUGUAACAUUUUGUUGAACCAACUUCUUAAGUAUGUUCAUUGCCCUUCAUUGUUACUAAACACUUACACCAUUAUCUCAUGUAUCACACUGGUCUGUGAGAAAUCAUGUGGCAUGGAUCUGUGUCCUGAUUUUUUUUUUUAAAUGAAAAUCUAACAUUUUGUAACAUUAAA